AUGUUGAACUCUAUCACCUACGGUUCUUCCCUUCUCUGCCUCUUGCUAUCUAUUCCACAGCCCACUCAUGCUUUGGAUGGAGGUAGCGAGGCACCUACCACUGCCGUACCCUAUACCGCCGCUCUUUUGUCGUCUGACGAAGUUUUCAACAAAUGUGCUGGUGUUCUUAUCACCCCGAAAACUAUUUUGACGACCGCUUCUUGCGUUCAGAACCAGACAACUAGCUCUUUGAAGGCUCGGGUCGGUAGCAGCGACCGCACCACCGGCGGAACUGUAGUGAGCUUCAAUAAGAUCCUUCAGCAUCCAAAAUACAGCACCAAGACUUGGGACUACGACAUAGCGCUUUUGAGCUUGAGCGAGGCCGCACCCGACAGCGUCCCACUCGCAGACCUCGGAAAUUUCUCUGACGUUGUUGGCUCCGGCACAACUAUGUACGGCUGGGGAUUGACCAACUACAGUAACACGGAGUUCCCUAAGAAAUUGCAGAAGCUGGACGCUGUCGGAAUCACCAAUGCUUGGUGCGCUGAGGAGUGGACAGGUCUUCACUCAAUCUCCAAUCGCAUGGUUUGUGAUUGGCCGCCUGUAGAGAAGGCUACGUGGGAAGGUGACAAGGGGGGUCCAGUUGUCAACACUGUCGAUGGAAGCGUUGUGGGGCUCAUCAGCUUCAGUAUCUAUGAGACUGAGAGGAAGAAGGCACUUCCGGACGUGCACACCAACCUUGAGUACUUCAACAGCUGGAUCAUGGAUCAUGUUGUCUAA